AUGCCACAGCCUUACCUCAACGAUACCUGGCUCUACAACAGCAGUGUUUACUUCUGCAACUCGAGCUGGACCUCACCCACGGGCUGCCUCACGGUGCGCGGUGGGUUGUAUGACCCCGAAGACUCGUCGACUAGCCAAAAAGCAAGCGAUGUGAACGCAGCUGGCGGUGAUCCAAGCGAUACAGCGCGGACUCUUGAUCUUCAUAUCUGGGAAAGCGAAUGGGUCAACGACGAAUUCAGCGUUGGAAACGCUACAAUCGACAAGUUUGCUCUCGGCAUGCCCGGAUUUCCAAUCUUUGAUACAUAUGACACUCAGAGUCAGUUCGGCCUUGGCAUUAACUCGACGCUUUUGAACGCCUUGAAGAGAAUGGAUGCGAUAACAUCGAGAGCAUAUUCCUGGUGGUGGGGCGUCCAGGGCGCAACAACACAAACGGACGGGCAGAUCGUAUUUGGCGGAUACGAUUCGGGGCGAAUCCAGGGAACAAACUACACGAGACCAAUGAGCACGCCUACCUACCCUGACUGCAACUCGGGGAUGAUGGUCACCAUAUCAGACCUUGUUCUGACGUUUCCAAAUUCAACAAAGUACAGUCUACUCAGUCCAAAUCAGAUGACGGCAUGCAUCCUCCCCGAUUACCCUUUGAUCCUCACGAUGCCAUCCGAUACUCCUUACACCAGGUUUGAAGCUGCCACCCAGACGCAAAGCUUUGGUCCUGUUGGCGGCAAUGGUCUUGCCUUUCAAGGCGUUGGUUACUAUCCGGACAACGUCUACCAGGGCAGCCUGACCAUCAGUAUCGGAGAUUCAAUUGACUUUGAAUUCCCCAACGAGCUUCUUGUCGUACCUCCUACAAACGUCGAGCAAGAUGGAGCUAUCAAAGCCAACGAAACCGUUCGCGAAAUCAUGCUAGGCCCUACAAGUGCAGCUCUUGGGAAUAAACCUGCAAUCCUGGGACGCCAUUUCUUCCAGGCUGCCUACCUGAUGGUCGACUACGAGACGGACUCGUUCACACUGUGGAAUGCGAAUACUACGUCGACGACCAGCAGGCUUGUCGCAUUGAAUAAUUGUACCAGCAACGAGACAAGGUCUCACACAGGCGGCGCCUCGUCAGAAACAAGUGCAGCACCGAGCGACGCUUCAAGUGCUCUAUCUGGGGCUGGUGAAGGUAGAGUUGGGGAGCCUGCCUUGUCUUCAGGCGCCAUUGCAGGUAUCGCAGUGGGCACCACUUGCGCGGUGUUUGCAAUUGCCGCUGCCGUUGUUGUAUUUUGCUUCCGGCGUCGUGCCAAAGCCAACAAGUCUGCCGGGGAAUUUUCAAGCAGCACAGCACUCGCACAGUAUCCACUGGGAGGGUUCCCUGGCACAAUUACGAAGCAUGAGGCGAUGUCGGGACAGUUGAGUGAGCUCAACGCGUACAACAAGCCCUCAGAGCUGGCCUCGGAUUGGAAAGCGAGACACGAACUCGACGCUCCGAAUUGGAGGAGUCCCAGGCAUCCUGCACAGCGAUCUCCGGCCGAGUUGGGCUCUCCGUAG